UUUCGAGGUGUCGUCGGUGCGAUGAGAGUCUUUCUGUUGGUUUCAAGUGUGCUGGUUGUGGCGGUGGCCAGCCAAUGUCCUUUUGCAUCAAUGGAUCCGGUGUCCAGGACAAAGCGGGAUACUUACGACAUUCGUCCCGGGGUCAGUGAUAGCAGCUUGGAUGCUCUGAUCAAGGACUUCCUGCCCAAGUUCGAGUCGAACUCUGCUCACAAUAGUUGGGCGCCGUCUUCUGGACCCCAACAGCCCGUGAGGUGCGGUGUGCCGCCUCCCAGCUGCCUAAAUGACACGCGCAAUCUGCAGUACCGUAGUAUCGACGGGUCCUGCAACAACCUGCUGUAUCCGGACUACGGGAUUGCAGUUUCCCGGUACCGUCGCCUCUUGCCGCCUCGGCAAGUGGAGCAGGCCCCGAAUGCACGUCUGAUCUCCCUGUCGGUGUACGGCGAAAAGACCAGCAACGACAGAUUCCGCACCAUGGCGGGCAUGCAAUGGGGUCAGUUCGUGGCCCACGACAUUAGCCAGCUGACAACCCAAGGAGCUCCCCGGGAUUGCUGUGCCGAGCCGGGUAAUCCCCGCUGCCAGGUCAUCAGCUUGCCCCGUGGAGGACCCAUAGCAUAUCACACUGGCAAGAGCUGCCUGCCCUUCGCACGCAGUGUGUCCGAGGCGGAUGCCAUUUGCCCAAGGAGUGAGGCCCCCUAUCCCGAGAAGCUGUCGGUGGCCACAGCCUACUUGGAUCUAUCCUCGGUGUAUGGCAACACGCACUCGCAGAAUCGGAAGGUGCGCCUCUUCAAGGGCGGUUUACUGCGGACGAGCUACAUCAAUGGCCAGCACUGGUUGCCUGUUAGCCAGAAUCUUGAAGGGGAGUGUGGCACUCACAGCGAGUGCUACAUUGUCCCGGACAAACGGAAUCGCUUCCAGCCCACAGUUGCUGUACUGCACACCCUGCUGGUUCGGGAGCACAAUCGCCUGGCCGAGAACCUGGCUCUGCUCAACUCCGACUACGAUGACGAGCGCAUCUUCCAGGAGGCGCGCAAGAUCAACAUUGCUCAGUACCAGAAGAUCACCUAUAACGACUGGCUUCCCCUGUUCGUGGGUCGCACUUAUACCUAUCUCAACGGUCUGGUCUAUCCUGUGGAACCCACCGAAUACGUCAAUGAUUACGACGAGACGGUUAACCCAGCUGCCUACGCGGAGUUCUCUGCUGCAGCGUUCCGCUAUGCCCACACCCAGAUACCCGGCUGGUUCUCUUUGGUGGCUCCCAAUCGCAGCUCCAACAAGACUCUACGUCUGAGCGACUAUUUUGAUCGCUCGGAGACCAUCUCGCUACUGAACAAGUACGACAACUUUGAUGCCAUGCUGAGGGGUCUGGCCACGCAGCUGCACAAGCGAUCCGAUGGAAACAUUGAUCGCGAGCUCAAGCACUACUUCAACCGCAAGGAGUUCGAGGAAUACGGAUCGGACCUGAAGGCCAUCGACAUCCAGAGGGCUCGGGACUUUGCCUUGGCCUCGUACAAUGAUGUGCGCGAGUUUUGUGGACUACGACGAGCUGUGGACUGGGCGGACUUUGCUCACGAGAUCCAGGCAGAGAAAAUCUCUCUGCUGCGUCGCCUCUAUGCCACUCCCGAUGAUGUGGAGUUGAGCGUGGGCGCUACCCUGGAAUUCCACAUCCCCGAGUCUCUAUUCGGACCCACAUUAUUGUGUAUAAUUGGCAAACAAUUCCACAAUACCAGGCGUGCCGAUAGAUUCUUCUUUGAGCGCGAGCAUCCAGCUGGCUUUUCGCGGGAUCAACUGGCGGAGAUCCGCAAGGUCAGUUUGGCCAGCUUGUUCUGUAACAAUGCCCAAUAUCUGCACACCAUCCAGCCGAAUGUAUUUGUGUUCCCCAAUUCUCAAAAUCCGCUCAUCAACUGCCAUGACGUACCUCAAAUCGAUCUAAGCAAGUGGCAAGAUCUCAGGCCCCAGCUUGUGCAUUAGCAGUCUUAAUGGUACAGUGUGUCUAAAACAUAUUGGUUGGUCCAAUUUGUUUAUUUAGAUACGAGCAUUUAUCUUUAUAUUUUUAAAAAUAUUUUUUACCUUCAAUGAAAUAAUUGAAAUCAUCGAAAGUCUACAUUUAGGAACUUUUAUUGGCAUUACGCUACAAGAUUCAUGCAAAUAAAGG